AUGCUGCUCAGAGGAUUACGAACCUGUGUUGAACGUGCUUCGAAGCCGCGCACGACAAACUUGGAUCGAAUUUCGAAGACGAAGACCACCAUAGAACUGUUGGAAAAAAGAAGGACUCUUAGGCUUGAUCCGAAUGCAUCGCACAUUGAGCGGCAGACGAAGAUUCUAGAAGCAGCCCAGAGCACAACGAGUUUAAAGAAGUGCCACAGGGAUCUCCGCGAAUAUAAUAUUCCGCUAGCAGCCUUGCUGAGCGAAAACGGGACUCGCACGUCUUCUCGUAGUGAGAUGGAAAUCAUUGCGUAG